AGUAAUAUUUGGUUUUUGUGUGUUUCAGUGUAACUUCCUAAAAUAAAACACGAGACAAGGGUUUCACAUAUGUGGUGCGUGCCUCAGUGCAUGAAAGCUGGAAUGGCAACAAGCAGUGGCAACACCAACACAAAAUCUCAGAAUGUGAAUGUGAAAGCUGUUGUGACUAUUGAACAAAGUGAUGGUGGACUUGUGCCAAAUCUCAUUAAUUCAGCGGUAGAUGGGAUCAAAGAGUUAGCUGGGAAAACACUUGUUUUGGAGCUUGUGAGUGAUGAGCUUGAUCCAAAAACAAAUAUAGAGAAGAAGACACCAAAAAGUUCGGUUCAAAAUAUAGGAAAAAAGGAGGAUGAGAUACGGUAUGAGGCUCAAUUUGAGUUAUCCACGGAUUUUGGAAGUGUGGGUGCUGUUACGAUUGAAAACGAGCAACAAGAGGAGGUCUUUCUAAAGAGUAUAGUUCUUCAUGGCUUCCCUGAUAUUGGCCACGUUCACUUCACUUGUAAUUCAUGGAUUCAACCCAAGCAUGAUGGUGCCAUGAAGAGAGUCUUCUUUACUGACAAGUCAUACCUGCCAUCACAAACGCCAAGAGGAUUACAAAGACUGAGAGAAGAGGAGCUAGUUCUUCUAAGAGGAAAUGGAGAAGGAGAAUGUCAAAGUUCUGAUAGAAUAUAUGACUAUGAUGUGUAUAAUGAUAUUGGAGAUCCAGAUACCAAUAUUGAUCUUAAAAGGCCAGUUCUUGGUGGUACUAAACAAAAUCCAUAUCCAAGACGUUGUCGUACCGGUCGAAAGCACUCUGAUGCAGACCCAUUGUCUGAGAAAAAGAGUUCAGGGUUUUAUGUUCCUCGUGACGAGGCAUUUGCUAGUAUAAAGCAGACACAGUUCACAAGUUCUGCGGUGUCCUUAGGGCUGAAUGCGAUUUUUGAAUCGGUGGACACAAUUCUCACAGACCCAAAUCUUGGAUUUUUCAGCUUCGAAGACAUAGACACACUCUUCAAGGAGGGGUUGCAUUUACCACCACUUAAGGCCAACGGAUUAUCGUUGCUCCAAAGAGUCAUUCCCAAGUUGAUCAAGGCUGCUAAUGAUACUCAGAAUAUUUUACGCUUUGAUGCCCCAGAAACAUUUAAAAGGGAUAAGUUCUUUUGGUUUUCAGAUGUGGAAUUUGCUAGGGAGACUUUGGCAGGUGUCAACCCAUAUAGCAUCCAAUUGGUUAAGGAAUGGCCUUUAACAAGUAAACUAGACCCGCAAAUCUAUGGUCCACAGGAAUCAACAAUAACUAGGGAAGUCAUUGAGCCACAAAUUAUCACUUAUGGAACAAUUGAAGAGGCCCUUAAAGAAAAGAAGUUGUUCAUGCUGGAUUACCAUGAUUUAUUCUUACCAUAUGUAAGCAAAGUGAGAAAAAUUAAGGGCACCACAUUAUAUGGAUCACGAACAUUAUUCUUCCUCACUGAUCAAGGGAUAUUAAAGCCAUUAGCUAUUGAGCUCACUAGACCACCUAUGGAUGGAAAUCCACAAUGGAAACAAGUCUUCCAACCUUCUUGUGAUUCAACCAAUCUCUGGCUUUGGAGGCUUGCUAAAGCUCAUGUUCUGGCCCAUGAUUCUGGUUAUCAUGAACUUAUAAGUCAUUGGUUGAGGACUCACUGUGUCGUGGAACCUUUUGUAAUUGCAACACAUAGGCAACUUAGUUCCAUGCAUCCAAUUUAUAGAUUAUUACAUCCUCAUUUGAGAUAUACCAUGCAGAUUAAUUCCCUUGCACGUGAGGCACUUAUUAGUGCAAAUGGGGUCAUUGAAAUUUCAUUCCUUACUAAUAAAUAUUCAAUGGAAUUAAGCUCUGUGGCAUACGAUCAACUUUGGCAAUUUGAUUCGCAAGCACUUCCCAAUGAUCUUAUUUCCAGGGGAAUGGCUGUGGCAGAUCCUAAUGCACCACAUGGCCUAAAGCUAACAAUUGAAGAUUAUCCUUUUGCCAAUGAUGGUCUUCUCAUAUGGGAUGCCAUCAAACAAUGGGUCACCGACUAUGUCAACCAUUACUAUCCAACCCCAAGCAUCAUAGAAUCUGACCAAGAGCUCCAAGCAUGGUGGAAAGAAAUCAGAACAGUGGGUCAUGGAGACAAAUCUGAAGAACCAUGGUGGCCAAAUCUUAACACAUCAAAAGAUCUUAUUGACAUCAUAACCACAAUAGCUUGGGUAGCAUCUGGUCAUCAUGCAGCUGUGAACUUUUCUCAAUAUGCUUAUGGAGGCUAUUUCCCUAACCGACCCACAAUUGCAAGAAACAAAAUGCCAACAGAAGACCCUUCUGAAGAAGAAUGGGAAAAUUUUCUAAACAAACCUGAGCAAACUCUUUUGGAGUGUUUCCCAUCACAAAUUCAAGCAACAUUAGUGAUGGUAGUCUUGAACUUAUUGUCAGAUCAUUCACUUGAUGAACAGUACAUUGGGAAAUACAUGGAGCCAUCAUGGGCUGAGAAUCCAACUAUAAAGGUAGCCUUUGAAAGGUUUAAUAGGAGAUUGAAGGAGAUUGAAGGUAUUAUAGACUCAAGGAAUGGAAAUAGUAAUUUGAAGAACAGACAUGGAGCUGGAAUAAUGCCUUAUGAGUUAUUGAAGCCAUUUUCAGGGCCUGGAGUCACUGGAAAAGGGGUUCCAUAUAGCAUAUCUAUUUAAAGUUUGGUAAUUUAAUUAAGGCCAAAUUAGAACAAUUUGUUUUUAUUGUUAUGUGCCUCAUAGGGUCCUAAAUAAUAAAAUAUAAUGGCACAAUGUAUUCUUCAUAUUUUACAUUUUAUGUACACGGAUUAUGUUAUGGCACUGGAAAAUUCCAUA